CCUAGAUAAAGCUUUUGUAUGUGGUUUUGAUUUAAAAUGCACAUACUUUCGUGUCUGUAAUCGCAAACUUUUAUAAUAACAUGAGAAGUCUGGAGUGUUGAAAAUUCUGAAGAAAAAAGCCCCACUAAAUACUCGAUUGUUCGUAUAUAUCAAUGAAUUCCGACUCCUUCGUUACCAGCAGGAAAUUUUAAUCAACGUAAGCAUGGAGGACAAACACGUACAGACAGAAGGUGUUUUAUAUCCUAAUUUGACAACAGAGAGAAUGCUUAUAUUGGACAUGCAGCAAAAGAUGAAUCAGUUAACUCAUUUUAUGUACGAAUCGGCUCAUGAACACAGACAGAACUAUGCUGCCAUCAACGCCCAACUCCAUAUGAUCAAUGAGAGACUGCGAUCGUCCGAUUCUAUGACUGGAAGUUCAAGCAGUGUCUCCUCGAACAUUAAAAUGAAAAAAGAACUGCUAAGAUGCAUUAGCAAAGAUAAACUGAAAAAACAAGAAGGGAAUGACGAUUUAAGUGGAAGUGAAACUAUUCACAGGGAUUGUUUGCUGGAAAAACUGCAAGAUAUGGUGAAGGACAUGGAUGUGGUCAAUACUAAUCUAAUGGACGAACUACUUGAUAUAGAGUGCUUGACACAAGAUGAAGCUUCCGAUAUAACACAUACUGGUUCAAGGAAAGACCAAAUACGUAAACUAAUCGUUCUUUUUGCAAGAAGAGGGAGGGGAAAUUUCGUAAAAUUUCUGGAAGUUAUUGGUCGAGAACACCAAUUUCCUCACAUUGCAAGGGAACUUCGAGAAAUCUAUGUCCAGAAGAUAACAGAAGGUAGAUCUUCCGAGUGUCUUCUUUGCGUGAUCAAGCGUGAUGUCGACAUUCGAGACAUUGUAGACCAGCUAUGCAAUCACAAAGUUGUGGACAUCGAAUUCCUGGACUUGCUGGUCUCAACUAAAUCUGGAAAUCAAAACAGUCUUUGGGAGAUUAUAUUCUCAAACAUAGAUAAAUCAGCCAAUAGAAAACAGCAUAUCUGUUACCUGCAGGAAGCACUUUCUAAAAAGUAUGAACGCCUGGCGUCGAAAUUGGGAUUAUCCAUUCCACCUCAACUUGGAAACCAUAUAUGUUCAGCAUCUCGUAGUUUUAACGCAUCUUGGCGGAGCGUAGGGUCCAUUGAAAGCAGCAUUGGUGACGGAAGCACUACUUCAGAGGUUCCGAGAAAAUCGGAUUCUGAAGAACUGACGAAGUAUUUGCCUCCAGUACCAAAUGCCACCAACAUUCCCCACUGCAUUUCUUGGUUAAAUAGUAUAGACCCUUCGUCAUCGGACAAUUCAAGCACAACUGACGACGUUGAGCACAGUCUUGUCUCUCCUGUGAGUGGAGACAGUGGCGUAGAGUCGGGUGAAAACGGCCAAAAAAGUGAAGCAAAAGAAAACAAUAGCAAUACAUGAUAUAGAUCUGAGUGCUCUGCAUUUUCAACAAAUCUGUAUGAAUUUUUUCCCUCUGAUUAUGUAGUGAAAUCCACGAUCUACAGUGGUUUGCAACUCGCAUGAUAGUGAGCAUGUAGGAUACUCUAUCCUUUCUCUAGUUGUGAUGAUUGAAGGAAUUGUGCGAUGAAUAAGGAGGAGAUGAUAUUGACAGGUUCAGAGUAUAUAUCACCGUGCAAA